AUGGCCCAGAGGACGGUGAUCCGUGUGGCCCCGGAGCAGCCCGCCCAUGCGGUGUGUGUGCUGGGCACCUCGACGCCGCUGGAUGUCUACAGCUCGGCUCCCGAAGGCCACACGUCCUUCAGCAUCGAUGCCUCACCAGAAGUGGUCGUGGACGUCACCCACAGCCCUCCAGCCAAGAAGAAUUCCGCAGGGUGCUCCAAGUGGCCCCUGGACCCCGGGCUGGAGGUGACCCUGAGAAUGAAGGCCGCCAGCGGCAGCACAGAUGACCAGAAGGUUUGGAUUUCAUACUAUGGACCCAAGACCCCACCGGUGCAAGCUCUGCUCUACCUCACCGGGGUGGAAAUCGCCCUGCAUGCAGACGUCACCCGCACCGGCAAUGUGAAACCCACCAGAGCCGUGAAAGAUCAGGGGACCUGGACCUGGGGCCCUCAAGGACAUGGCGCCAUCCUGCUGGUGAACUGUGACAAAGACAAUCCCAAAUCUUCCACUGUGGACUGUGUGGACGAAGAGGCGUUUGACAGCAAAGAUCUGCAGGACAUGUCUCUGAUGACCCUGAGCACCAAGACUCCCCGAGACUUCUUCACCAGGCACCGGCUGGUGCUCCACGUGGCCAGACCCGAGAUGGACAAAGUGAGGGUGUUCCAGGCCGCACGGGGCAAGCGGACCUCCAAGUACAAGGCCGUCCUGGGGCCCCAGCAGCCCUCUCACCCCCUGAAGCUCCCUGGUGGCCAGCACAAAGUGAACUUCUAUGUGGAGGGUCUCACCUUCCCGGACGCCAACUUCCCAGGGCUCAUCACCCUCACUGUCUCCCUGCUGGACACGUCCAACCUGGAGCUCCCCGAGAUCCUGGUUUUCCAAGACAGUGUUGUCUUCCGCGUGGCCCCCUGGAUCAUGACCCCCAACACCCAGCCCCCGCAGGAGGUGUAUGCAUGCAGGAUUUUCAAAAAUGAGAACUUCCUGAAGGCAGUGAUGACUCUGGCCAAGAAAACCAAAUGCAAGUUGACCAUCUGCCCCGAGGAGGAGAACAUGGAUGACCAGUGGAUGCAGGAUGAAAUGGAGAUCGGCUACAUCCAGGCUCCGCACAAAACGCUGCCCGUGGUCUUUGAUUCCCCGAGGAACAGAGGCCUGAAGGACUUCCCCGUCAAACGCAUGAUGGGUCCAGAUGUCGGCUACGUGACCCGAGGGCCCCAAGCAGGGGGCGUCACGGGGCUCGACUCCUUCGGGAACCUGGAAGUGAGCCCCCCGGUCACAGUCGGGAAGAAGGAAUACCCGCUGGGCAGGAUUCUCAUCGGGAGCAGCAGUUACCCUGGCAGCGAAAGCCGGGAGAUGCACGCGGCCCUGCAGGACUUCCUUGUGGCCCAGCGGGUGCAGGCCCCUGUGAGGCUCUAUUCGGACUGGCUGUCUGUGGGCCACGUGGAUGAAUUCCUGAGCUUUGUUCCUGCGCCUGACAGGAAGGGCUUCCGGCUGCUCCUGGCCAGCCCCAGGUCCUGCUACAGAUUGUUCCAGGAGCGGGAGAAGGAAGGCCACGGGGAGGCCCUGCUCUUCAAAGGGGUCACGAAAAAGCAGAAAGUAAAGGACAUUCUGUCCAACAAGAUACUAAAGGAACAUAACUCCUAUGUGGAGAGCUGCAUCGACUGGAACCGCGAGGUGCUGAAGCGGGAGCUGGGCCUGGCCGAGCGUGACAUCAUCGACAUCCCACAGCUCUUCAGGCUGGUGGGGAACAAGAACGUCAGGGGGUCCCUCAAGGCUGAGGCCUUUUUCCCAAACAUGGUGAACAUGCUGGUGCUGGGGAAAAACCUGGGCAUCCCCAAGCCCUACGGGCCUCUCGUGCACAAACGCUGCUGCCUGGAAGAGGCAGUGCGGUCCCUGUUGGAGCCGCUGGGCCUGCACUGCACCUUCAUCGACGACUUCCACUCCUACCAUGUCUGGCUUGGGGAUGUGCACUGCGGCACCAACGUGCGCCGGAAGCCCUUCUCCUUCAAGUGGUGGCACAUGGUGCCCUGA